GCAGUUGGACUCUGCAUAGCAGACGUAAACCAGGGUGCUUGCAUAAGUUGUCCGAGCAACACCAAAUCCAGGAGAACUGUAAUAAUAACACAGAGGCGGUUGGAUGGUCGCAUCUCUGUAUGGCGCGCUCCUCAAGUCGGGAUAUUUUCGGCCCCGAGGAAACUCUGCCUGACUAUUUUGUUCCAUCUUAUCAAUUUGUGUCCGACGUGAAUCAAUUCAAUGUGACAUUGAAUUCUUUGCUGGAAGAUUUGACCAAUCGUGCAGCCGCCGGAGGCAGGUAUGCGGCGACGGAUCCGACCGACCUUAUUACUAUCGACGCGUCUGUGCAAUGCAGCCCUGAUCUGUCCCAGCAAGAAUGCAGAAAUUGUCUGGAGACGGCCGGUGGAAAGAUUCAGCAAUACUGCUAUGCGAGGAUAGGAUGUAGAAUUUUACAACCCAACUGUGUACUGAAAUAUGAGGCUGAGGAUGGUUUAUCUCGGCCAUCACGGCCACCGUCUUCACCUCCCCGUCCAACACAAGGUAGAGUAUACGCUCGCUAUUCCAACUUCAUGUUAGCUGGAACCUGAAUAUAGAGCCAUACAUAUAUAUGUUUCAAUUCAUGAGAUGCUAUCUUAAAUCAAAAACCUAAUAAUAAAGCCAAUAAAUUUGGAUUUGGGAAACCACGCAUGGUUAAGUACCUUUAAUUUUGUUUGUACUGUUUUUUCAUAGUACUUUUAAUUUUGGCCUUUUCAGAUAAAAUCAUUAUUAUCGU